AUGAGUCAAGUAUAUGGUGAUUUGACCAGGUAUGAGGAGGCUCUAGGGCGUUUGGUCGAGUCUGUGGAUCAAUUCCGGCCGGAUCUGAGUUGUGCGAGAGAGCUUGUCGAAGCGGACAGAGCGUUAGGUAAGUCAUUGGACAAGUUUGGACUGUACGAUGAGGUGGAUAAAGAGUUGCAAAGGCUCGAUAGGGAGUCUGAGAGAUUGAAUAGACAUACGGCGAGGACUUUGGAGACUUUGGAUGAGUGUUAUAGGGCGUUGAGUGCUCUGCCCAUGUUGGAACAGGUGAAGUUUGAACAGAGGAAAGUGCUGGAACAGCGCGGGAGGGUUAACUCAGCUGUGUUGUUGGAGUAUGCUACUAAAUUGUCCAAGUUUACAAAGGCACCAGCGGGGGUAGCUGUGGGUCCCAAUAAUUUUGUAUGGCCAGCUGAGGAUGCAUUGAGAAGGGGCCAAUUGGCAGUGGCUGCAUUGCAUAGCGAAGAGAUAACAUUGGGUUCCACUGGUGAGCGCAGUGGAAGUGUUGAGUCGAGCGAACCAGUUCAGCCUAGUGAGUCUGCUGAACCACGGAAAUACGAACCGCGUCGGGUUGAACCUGCCAAAGAGGAAGCUUCGGAAUCGCCGGUGGAUUUGGACCUUGAUCUGUUUGAUCCAGAUGAGUUUUAG